AUGGGUGAUAAUCAAUACGGAGGCUAUGGGGGUGGUGGCUCAUACGGUGGCUACACACAGGCUGCCCCUCCACCUGCCGCAGGUGGAGGUAAUGCUCCAGGCUACCAACCUCCUGGGCAAGGUUACGACCAGGGUGCAUACGGCAAUCAAGGAUCUUGGGGUGGUGGGGGUGGUGGUGGGGGAGGGGGAGGUGGUCAGCAGCAAGGUUAUGGAAAUUACGGAUCAGGUGGCAGCUAUCCGUCUUAUGACCAAUCAGGGGGAUAUGGUUCAGGACCGGCUUCCCAACCAGGCGGUGGAGGCAGUGGUGGAGGUGGUUACCAGCAAGGUGGCUAUGGUUCACAGCCGCCCCCUUAUUGA